UGCCAACAGAGUUGAAAUGCCAAACUUUUUUCCAGUCACAGAAAAAAAGCAUUUUUAUCACAAAUAUGUAUAACUGCCCAGAUAAAAUAUUUUAAUUUUACAUUUAACUUUGCAUGCUCUAAUUGAUGUUGAUAUACGACGGAUCUCUCUAUAUUCAUCUAUGAUUCAAAAUUCUGAUCCUCACAUAAUUAUGUUCAAAACAAAAAAUAAAUUCGCGCUUUUAGAGGAAUUCUGUUGAUCAAGGACAUUCUUACGUUCGGGUACGUUCGCCUCCUCAGAAGGUGCUAGCCCUAGACUAGUGUUUUCUUGUUCAUUCCAAUCGAAAAGAAGCUGAAAUUGUUAGGUUAUAAGGUUUGUUUAUUUAUGUCUAUUCAUCGUUGAUUUUUCCAAAAUUUCAAAAUAUUUAUUCAUUUCUUGAUAUGUAUAUGUAGUACUAGUGAAGAAGUUGAGUUCACCCUCAGUACUUAUUCAUGUACUUGAUGAAGUAUAACCAGAAGUACAGUUAAACUCACUCUGCUUUGAGAUUCCUGAAAAAUGGUGAUCAUACUAAACAGAAUUCCACAAUCAGAAUACCCUAGAGAUACCCGAUCUCUCUACAUCUCCCACCCGAUUUAUCGAGAGACUGCCACAACGCUUUUGGCAUUACCGAAAAGAGUAGUAGGCCCUGCUGGUCUUCUGUACGUUCUACAAAGGGAAUUUGCAGUCACGCUGCCUGAUGACAAGAAUGUGAGUGUCAUUGGUUCAGAAGAUGCUACGACUUGCAUCAUCGUCGUUGUGAGACAUUCUGGGACUGGUGCUGUUGCUUUGGGCCAUUUUGAUGGUUCCGGUACGGAAGAAGCCGUCUAUGAUAUCAUCGAUAAAGUUCAAAAGCUGUCAUCCAGUCUUGACGGAAGAAUCGAAGUUCAACUCGUAGGAGGCUUUACCGAUACCCACUGUAUAUCCGAGAAGUUGUUUCGUGACUUGAUGAAGGCCUUUCACCAACAUCCUGUAGACAUUCAUUUGACAUUGGCUUGUGUGGGACAAAUGAACACCGAUAUUCGGGAUGGCGUCCCAUGGCCGAUUUUAUAUGGAGUCGGUGUUAGCGUCAAAACUGGAGAAAUAUUCCCGGCUACCUUUCCGGACAAAGGCCCGGAAGAACACCUCCGCAGCGCGCGCCAUCUAUCGGGCAACCGAAGAAUCCUCGACAUCUACGAUCCCGCCACGGGACUUUUCACCAUCGGUCCUUUCGACUACUCAUGCCCUGUGGGCGCCGAUUUCUUGGAAGGGCAAGACGACCGAUUCGUCCUGGAGAAUUUGUCGACUUCUCCAGAAGUUGAGCCGCCUCAUUUUGUUGCUCAAAUCAGGGCGACUUUUAGAUACAUGCGGGAAAAUCCUGCCGAGAGGGUUUUUCAAGGCGAGAAGCCACGGUGUUUUAAAAGAGACGAUCAUUCGGGUUUGUGGAUUCCUGUGCACUAAGUAAUAGUUAUUUAUGUACCGAGGACGAAAAACUGUCUAUUAUAGUCGACUAGCCUGCAGAGGCAUGCAAACAAACGAGACCAUUAUCAGAUUUUCGCCGAAGUGCAUAUUACAUUUUUUCGACGACCUUGAACACGGUCCUAUUUACAUGUAAAAUAUCAGCAGUAUUCCAGCAGUUUUUUAUUGUUUACUAUUUCACUGCAUGGUCGCAACCACUGCUGAAUAGGACCUUCAGUAAAGUUAUGGAUUGCAACAAUGCAUUUAUUUUAUUAGUGAAGUUACAUAUUUGGUAUUAUACAUGUUACAUAGUAGUUAUUUUCCAAUGAUCCUGUUGAUGUAUAAUUGGAGCAGUUUCCAGAUAUUAUGGGUACCGGUACCGCUAGUAUUUUGAUGUUGGUGUUCCUCAAAGAAUUAUUUGUUUCAACUAUUUUAUCAGUCACAACUAGACAAUUAGAAACACGGUUAUAAGCCCAUAAAUUUCUUCAAUUCAUAUCUAUUUCUUUCAACCAUUUUCCAACACAUGAAUGAGUGAGGUUGAUUAACUUUCCAUUUAUGUCAAAUUUUCAUCAAUACAGAAUACAGAACAAACGAGCACAGGACAAGAAUGCCUAGCGAACUUUCAAGACAAAUUACUACUACUUUUCAAGGUCGUGAAUACUCAGCAAUGUCAACAUUGUGAUAAUCAGAAAAUUU